UUAGCCGGGCGGGGCCUUCGGCAGGCGGGAGCAAGUCUGCGCGGGGGGGGGGGGGGGGAGGAGGAGCCCCCGCCUAUAAAGUGCGCGGAGCGGCUGCUGCGCCACUGACGGAUCGUCUGGGUGACGACGACGAGGAAGGAUCGGAGCGGCGACAAGGGACCCAGCGCCUGCAGAUCUUAAGUCCGCCCUCCUGCGCAGGCCAUCGUGAGGCCUCCCCGUGCUCAAGCAUCGAUACUCUGUCACUGGAAAGAUGCCAUUUUCAUCGCUCUUAUCUGCCGAUUGACGAUUUUAGAACUGCUGCAAAGAACUUGGGAUUCUUUCCGCCGAGAAGAUGACUCCUACUCUACUCCUCCUCUUGCUGGGGCUCCUGUCUUCCUGGGAGCGGGGCCACUGCAUCGUUCCUGAGAAACUAGACCAAUUGUCCACAACAGGAAGCAGGGUCGUUGACGAGGAGCUGGAGAACGCCAUCAAUGGAGUCCGGGAGAUGAAAGCCCUCAUGGAGAAGACCAGCAAAGACCACCGCGACAUCCUGAACAACUUGGAAGAAACCAAGAAGAAGAAGGAGGAGGCCCUCCUCCUCGCCAAGGAGACGGAAGAGCAGCUGGCGGAGCAGACGGAGGUCUGCAACGAGACCAUGCUGGCCCUCUGGGAGGAGUGCAAGCCCUGCCUGAAGCACACCUGCAUGCGGCUCUACACCCGGACGUGCCACAGCGGCGCCAGCCUGGUCGGCAGGCAGCUGGAGGAGUUCCUGAACCGUUCUUCGCCCUUCUCCAUCUGGGUGAACGGGGAGCGUGUCGACUCCCUGGUGGACGUGGGCGAGCAGCAGGGCCAGAGGCUGGACGACCUGGAGGAGCGCUACGGCCUGGUGGAGGGCGGCGUGGAGGACCUCUUCCGGGAGAGCACGCAGGCCUACGGGCGCCUGGCCCCCUUCUUCCAGGCCCCCUUCGGAGGCUUGUGGGAUGCCUUCCGCUCCCCGGCCCGCACCAUCCCCCUCCCCAUCUCCAGGGCCCGCCUUGCGAGGGACGUGCCCUUCGCCUCCCUCUCCCCAAGCCAGUUCCCCCACCAGGAUUUCCACCAGCUUUUCCAGCCCAUCGCCGCCAUGACCCAGCGCCUCUUCGAGGGAGCCCGCAGGGGCAUGGAGCAGGAUGGCCAGUGGCUGCAGGGCGGCCUCCAGAGGCCUCUGCUGGGGAGGUUCUCAACAGUGAUUUCCAGCCCCGACGGCGACCGCAUGGUGUGCCGUGAGAUGCGGCGCAAUUCUGCCAGUUGCCUGAGGAUGCGGGAGAGGUGUGAGAAGUGCCAGGCCAUCUUGGAUGUUGAUUGUUCCCAGACAGCUCCAGACCAGACCCGGCUGAGAGAACGCUUUGAGGACGCCGUGCGACUGGCUGAGCGGUUCACCCGGCGCUACGACGACCUCCUCAAGACGUUCCAGGAGGAAAUGUUCAACUUCACCAGCCACAUCGAUGAGCUCCAGGAACAUUUUGGCUGGGUGUCCCGUCUGGCCAACCUCACCCGGGGCACCGACAGGCCUCUGCGGGUUACCAUGGUGAGCACCAGCUCCUCCAACUCCACCAAGCCAGAGGACCUGUCCCAGUCGACCCAGGUGACUGUCCAGCUCUUUGGCUCGGAUCCUGUCUCCAUCACUAUGCCAGAAGGCAUCAGUCCGGAUGACUCCAAGUUCAUGGAGACGGUGGUGGAGGAGGUUCUGCGUCAGUACAAGGAAAACAACGUGGAGUAGCUGCACCUGCCCCCUGGAUCUCUGGCUGCUGCAAGGAUGCGGGGAGAGAGAGAGAGAGAGAAGCAAGCCCUAGCCUUCCGCCAGUCCAGCCUCCCAGCUCUCCUGGCGCCCUAGAGGAGCCUCACUCACCAAGCCCAUCUGUCUGCAUUUGUAGUUUACACCAUGUAUCACCUGCCCUAUUUUUGCUGCUGGGUCUUCACUGAUCCAAAACCGAAGUAAAAAGAUUUAGGCCCAA